GUCCUGCUGGUCACACAGCUGAUGCACUGGCUGCUGGGGAGAGCCUUGGCACAAAGGCAUUCCCUGCUCCAAAACAUCUGGCUCUCGAGCGCUCAGGCAACACGGAGGAUCAUUUAAUGGGUGUACACAAGUGACCAGGCAGGUAGGGUAAGAGCGACAUGCAUUCCAGGAGGCAAGAGCUGGUUGCUACUACAGCCCCUCCAGCUACGAAACGUCAGAGCCUGAAAUGACAGGCAGAGAGAUGCCAAGCAGAAAAAAGGAAAAGGAAAACCGGAUUUCUCUGCAGUUCCCAUAGUGGCAAAACCAGUGGAGUUGCUGCUAUGAAACCCUUUUGAUUCCCAUGGCUCAUAUUCCUCUCCACUGCCAUUGACAGAAAAUCAGCCUUGGGUUCUGGCAGAAAGGAAGAGACAAGCACAGGAGGGUCUGCAGCUUAAGAGUCUCAGCAGUGAGCUCGAGCAUGGAUUUUGGCGGGUAGAGGAGGAGGAGGAGGGUUCCUGAUGUGCAGUUCCAGCACCUGGGGAGAUAUUUACAGCCCGUCUCUGCAGACAGGGACCGUAAAGGAUGGAUCCUACAGCUCUGCUCUUUCUCACUCCCUUUCCCACAUCUGUUUUCUUUCUCUGCAGGUCUCUGGAGCCGAGUGGCCAGAGCAGGGCUGGCAGUGCUAGCAGCAGGGACAGGGCUUGUGCCGACGCGGAGGAGAGGAAAGCCCCGGGGCAAGAGUGGCUGCUAGCUUUGCUGCUCAGGGCUUAAUGCACUAAGAGCCCAGCUGAUUCGUGCUCAGACGCAAAGGGAAACCGCAGGCACUCGGGGCGGCCAGGCCCCCAAUGGUGCUGUGUUUCCCCAAACCAUGACGGGACAAAGGUUCGGGAAAUGCAUCGUCCUUUGCCUGCUGCCCUGGAGCUGCCUGAGCUUUGCCUGGAGUGAUGCUGCGGGGCCCGGGACCGCCUCGCUAGGUGCAGGACACGUCAGAAAGGGGCUGCCCAGAGACGCCGCCAACGGGACCGAUGAGCAGAGCAACAUGUCAGUGCCAUGCACAGCUCUCCCCCCGCCACGCUAUGGAUACUACUACGUGGACAGAGGCUCAGGCGUCUCCUUGGGCUCGGUGCUUGUGUACUGGUGCCAGGAGGGAUACCAGCUGGUGGGCAGCCAGAGGCUCGCCUGCCUUCGCCAGGAGAGCUCUUCAUCCUGGAGUCAUCCCCCUCCGCAGUGUCAGGCCGCCGCGCAGCCCUCGGGCAGCGGGUCCCGCAUCGCGGUGGCCGCCUCGCUGCUGAGCGGAGCCGUCAUCCUGGCCCUGGCCGUGUCCUUCGCCGUGUGCUGCUGGAGGGACAGGGCGAGGAAGAGCCGCGGCGGGCAGCAGCAGCAUAGAAGGAAACUCAGAGCACGGAAGCGUGGCCCCAUCACCCCCGAGAGGGGCAGGAAUGCUUUUGGGAGACUCAAACACUACCACCGGCGCGAUUACCACCUCUCGGCCAUCUCUAGCUGUGUGUUCCCAGGGGCAUUCGCAGGCUGCCAUAACCUGGCUUUCCAAAGCAGCCCUGCCCAGCAGCCGAAGCUGCCCUUGGAAAGCUGGCUCUCGGAGGCCCGGCCGCUGCCGCCGCCCGGCCCGGCCCCGGCCCGCAGCGCGCUGCCGCCGGCGCACCGCCCCAGAGACCUGCUGCCGCUCUGCUACACGGGCCCGGGGGAGCACAGGGGCUUCAGCAAGCUGGGAAAGCCGGUUUGAGAAUUUAAACUGCCUUCCACUUUCCUUCCGUCUUUUCUUUUAACGCUAUCAGCUCCUUGAGCUCAGGAAAGGAUUUCAGAAGAGCCAAUUACUGCACCUGGGUUUUCAAAUGGAGAAAAUCUGACACUUCAUGCUGAAAGGCAUUUUUUAAUAGAAUCCUUUUAUUUCCUCUCCUGUCCAGCAGUGCACAUUUCAAACAGGAGUUUCUGGUUUAUAAACUUCUUAAUUGAUAAUUUUUGCAUAAAACAAAGCCAAGUCUGAGCAGCCCCAGCUUAACCUAAAGUCUAUGCACAGACUUCUAGGUUUUGAACAUGAGUCUGAUUUUCUGUUUAGGGCUCUUUCAAAGGCUGAAAGUGAAAACAGACAGUUAUCAGGAACAAAAAAAUACAUUAGAUAUCUGGAAGCAUUUACAAUUAACUGCACUUGAGUAUAGAUGGAGACUUAGAGGAUUUUUUUGUUGGCAUUCAGAACUCACCAUAUCCUCCCACUUCUAUACGAACAAUCUCAAACUUAGAAGAUGUAUUGACAAGAGUGCAAAACUAGCCAGUCAAGGGGAAAACAUUAAUUUAUCUUUAAUACAAAGAACCUAGCACUUCUGAAUACAAACAAAACAACAUUCACCUCCAAAAAAAAACCAAACCAAACCAAAACCAAAAAAAAACCUUCACAAAAAACAAAACAAAACAAAACCCAAUCCAAAACCCCAAAAAACAUCUUGGGGGUGUUUCAUCCCUUCUCUCUAGCAUUAGAAAUCCAAAUCACAUGUAUAAGGACCCAUAGCAGGACUCAAACAGCUAACCUAAGUGCCCAUCAGUUGCCUUCAGAAAGCAAUAACCCAUUAUUUCUGCCCAACAUUUCCUGGGUGGAAGCCCAGGGGCACGUUCCAGGCAGCAGAUGCAGAGCCUGGCCAGGCAGAGCCUGGCAGCUUCAGGACACCUCCCCUCGUUUGCUCCCCAGGACAGACCGAUGCUUCCGCAGCAUGCCUGGGGCACUGGGCACACACGGCUUGCUGAGUAUCGUGGCAUCCGCUCUGCACAGAGGUGCUGUUGGAUCUCGGGACGCGCUGUGGUGUUAGUCAGAGGAGGGCUGGCAGCCCCA